CAAACAAUCCAAAGCGCCCAGCGCGUAAACUCGCUAGCAAUGGCGAAUCUUUUAGAAGAAUUAUUGAACGUUUGUCGGUUUUGUUUGUCCGAGAACAAACAGUAUCUGCAGCCCAUCAUGAAGGCAUUGGAUUCCACACUCACGCCUGACGAGAUAGAACGAUAUACCGGAAUACGGAUAAACACCGAUGAUGACUGUACGCUAUAUGCGAUAUGCAUGGAGUGUACAAGCACGCUGAAAAAGUCGAUUGAAUACCGAACAAAUUGCAUCAACAAUCAAAUUCAUUUCGAAGAAUUGCUCAUGAUGCUGGUCACCAGUGCGGAAUGCACAGAUCCUGAAGACACUGAGACCGUAAUAUGCUUGGAUAGUGAUGACGAUGGGACGGAUUUGAGUAGUAUUGAAGACAUAUUUCACGAGGAAACUAUACCAAAAAAGAAAUAUUUUGUCCAAGAGGUAAAAAUACUGCUAGAACAAGUUAGCAGGCAAGAGGUAACCAUGCUGCAGAAGGAUGGCAGUUGCACCGAUAGUUGCAACGAAGGCAAUGAAAUGUAUAGUGCAAAUUACAUCGCGAUUGGCGAACCAUAUAGUUCUGAGAUCAGCGAAGAUGAUGUACCGGACCCGUCGGAAAAGGCGAAAAGAAAACGAAACGCAAAAGAAUUGCCAGAUUUGUCUAAAUUUACCCCCGACAACUAUGUCUUAAGGACAUGCAAUGGUGUAAAAAAAAUGUAUUUGAAGUCGCUUUGUGACGUGUGUGGUGUGCGUAGCCACAAUAUCAAAAAACAUAUGCAGAUUCACUUCCCGGACACAUUUUACAGCUGUCCUCAUUGUUCAGUCGUAAUGAAAGAUAAAACAAAUAUGAAAGCACACAUCGAUACGGUACAUUUCAAAAAGGUUGGCAAAACGUGCAAUAUAUGCGGUAAAGGAUUCAUACACCACAAAACCUACCGAUAUCAUAUGCUUGGUCAUCAAUCCGAUGGUAAAGCGUUUGAAUGCAAAGUAUGCGGGAAAACCUUUAACAAACCUUACGGCCUGAGCGACCAUAGUAAAAGAGUUCAUAAUUUGACCAAGCCACCGAAACGAGCAUUGAAGCAUAGCAUUGAAUGA